GGAACGUGCUACUAAUAAUUGAAUUAUCGUCGUUAUUUAAACUCGAUAUAAACAUUGUGCUUAUGUAUAAAUAUGAUCCGCGAAACAUCUACUAAAAUGAAAAUUAUGUUGUACGUACGUCGUCUAUGUAUAUUAUUAAUUCCACGACGGUAUGUCUACGUGGCGCUGUGGUAGCAACAUGCCGCUGUGAAGUGGCAGAAAAAGAAACAGCAUAUGUCGUUUUUAAUUGGUUCACAGUGUAAUUUGAUAAAAUGAGGUGGUUUAUUUUGUGUUUAUUCCUGCUUGUUUCGAUUACAAACGCAAGUUGUUAUUUAAUCACCGUCGAUGCACACGCCGAAGAAUGUUUCUUCGACAGAGUAGAAGCGGGCACGAAAAUGGGUCUCACAUUUGAAAUAGCGGAGGGUGGAUUCUUAGAUAUAGAUGUAAAAAUAAUUGGCCCAGAUAAAAAGAUAAUCUAUCAGGGUGAUCAAGAAAGUAGCGGUAAAUAUAUAUUUGCUGCACAUGUUCCUGGUGUUUAUACGUAUUGCUUUGGUAAUCAGAAAAGCAGUAUGACGCCGAAAGUUGUCAUGUUCAGUAUGGACAUUGGUGACAAUCCUAAAACAGUUGAACAAACUUCGGAUGGAAAGAACGGCGAUAACUCGAAUCAUAGUAAAAUAGAUGAUAUGAUUAAAGAAUUAAGUACGAGUUUGUGGGGAGUGAAAAGCGAGCAAGAAUACAUGCAGGUUCGCGAUCGAAUUCAUAGAGAUAUCAACGAAAGUACCAAUUUCCUUGUAGUUACGUGGGCUUUCUUUGAAGCUAUGGUUUUGGUUUGUAUGACAAUAGGACAAAUUUUCUAUUUAAAACGUUUCUUUGAAGUCAGAAGAGUUAUCUAAUUUAAAGCAUGUUACAAUAAAUUCAUACACUCAUUGUACAUUCUCUCUUUCUCUCUCUUUUUUUUUUUAUUUGUUACAUAGAAUUACAGACUUGAAACUUUUUGUAUUCAUUUUCCUCUUCGAUCUGCCGCGUUAAACGUUUUAAAUACGAACAUAUAACGAAUGUCAUUAGCGGUAAGGUUAACAUUGCUUACAUUAUUAGGUUUUCUAAAAAUAACAUAAUGUACAUUUAAGGUUAAGAUUUACUUAAAGAAAAAAAAAGUUAUUGAAACGAAUAGAACGUCUUUUUGUAAUAAUAGAUGUUAAAAAUUCAAUUUACAUGAAACGUAAAAUUUAUAGCAUGUAAAAUGAAACUAUCCUUAUACUGGUUGUCAAUGCGCAGAGUUAUUGUUCUUAUUACAAAAACAAAUAUUUAUAGACAAACUGUAUUAAAAUUUCUAAUCAUUUUCAUAUUUAAAGAGGAACGGAGUAAUUUAUGUGUUAAUUGGGUAAGCAAAUAUCAAAAUAAUUUAAUGGACACAGCUAUAAUGUUUGUAAUAAUAUCGUUUAUAUGAUUGUACAGUGUAAUAUGAUGUAAUAAAAAUCGACAGAAAUUAAAUGUUUUAUAA